AUGAAGUUGACUAUUUCUGCUCUUGUAUUAGCCAUUGCUGUCUCUGCUGUAGCUGCCUGUGAUUGUAAAGCUGAUGAUCACACCUGUCUCAGCAAAUGUGUUACGGAUGCAAAUAGCUGUAUCACAGGUUGCAGAGAUGACCAAUGCUACCGUAAUUGCGUUAACAAUAAAUGGCCAGCACCUUCAGGUUACCUUCACAGCGAUGUCCUGACUGCCCCUGCCGCAACUACAGUCGCAGAUGUUCAUCCUGCCUUCCCGGGUGUCACUUCAAGUGCCGCACCAACUGCUUCCCAGGUCUCUGCUGCCAAGCCAAGUUUACCAGCUUCUGGCAAAAAUGGAACCAGCAAUGGCGGAUCUCUCAAUCACGUCCAAUGGCCUCUCCUGGUCAGUGCAUUAAUGACAGCCGGCGUCUGGGCCUUUAUGUUAUUUUAA